AUGCCUUGCUUUGUAGCCCCAGCUCCGCAAUCACCACCAGUGUCUCUGUGCAUGGUUCAGACCCUCUCUGAGUCAUCCUUGGUACCUGCACCUCCUGCCAUGGGUGUAUUUGCGCCACCCGCUGUCACUCAGGAGAAUUUAGUGUGUGCGCCAACUGCCUACAAGGCUGACUUCAUUCAGGAGGAUGAUCUGGGGCAUUUGAAUUUGAUCUCUAUAUACUUGAUGCCAAUUUUUGCGCCUUAUGCAGAUGUGCAAUAUGUUGACGUCUAUGAGGAUGAGCCACUAUACCCAAAACUUGCCUAUACAAUGGCGGAUGAAUGUCUGCUGUACCAUCAUCGCGGUGUAAUGUACAACCCAUGGUUGAUGGAAUCCACUAUGCUGUAUAUGCUGAGGUCAAAUCACUCGAGGAUGGGGAGAGGGCAGUCAGGAGGGCAAUUGAAAGAGGGCAAAUAA